AAUUUAGUCUUUUUGAAACGCUCGUCGCGUUAACACUUUAUCGAUGUGUUUAGGGUAGCCCAACGGUGUUUCAAGUUACCUGCAGUAGAUCUGUUUCAAGGUUAAUCACUGGUAAUCGGAAUACAAUGGAAUAGAUAAUCAUUUAACAAGAGGUUGAUUCAUCGAAGAAAUUUAUUUUGGAAAUAUAUGAAGAUCCAGUGCGUGCAUAAGAUAUCAAUGGUAUCCUAAAACUGGUUUUCUUUGUUCUAUCGACAACAUCUAGAAGUAACAGAACUGUCUUUGGCAAGUGGGAGCAAUACAGUGAGUGAGUGUGCAAGUUCCCUUGAAAGAAAUCUGGUUUACCUCAUUCUCGGUAACAGAAUCCGACAACACCGGAGUGAAGAACAUUGUUGCCAAAUAAAGAAGACAAGGCAUGGUGGUUGGGUAUCGUAGCAUGCACUUGUGCAUCAGUAGUGCGGAAGCAUCCUGACGAUGGUUUUAUGAAUUGUGCGCAAGAAGAAACUACGAGGCAACGUAUCGGAAUAGCACUGCGCGCUUCACCGGAUAUAGCACGCAGCAGCAUAGAACUCCAACCGGAGAUUGCAGAUUUGUUUCUUGAUAAUUAAUGUUCAUUAAUUGUGAUUUGUGAUGAGGCAUGCAUCCGUAUGGAUGUGCAUUCUGACGUUUUAUAAUCUCCAAUCGUCUUCGUUAGCUGCAAUCGUACCCCCACCAUGGAGUGACCCGAAUAAAAAUCCCUGUGCCAGUCAACCCGGUGGAUGGCAGCUACUCUAUUGGCCUCCGCUCAAAAAAUGUUACAAAAUCUUUCAGCUAGGGUAUCCCUGCCCCGAAACAAUGGAACUAAGCCCGGUAGGAGUGGGAUCCACUAGCACGGGAUCGACAGCAGAGUGCCGCUGUCCACCAGGAACCGCUCAAUCCCCAUUAACGAAACGAUGCCAUCGGUUAUUCGAGCGAGAGCCUUGCGAGUUUGGACAAUUUUUCGCACCGCUUGCCGAUACAGAUGUGAAGAGUGCCAUACCAAAACAACGAUGGGGUACAUGUAAAUCGGCACAAAUGUGUGAGAGUGGAAUGAUUUACUGGCCACAGGACAAUAAAUGUUACCAACUGUAUACCAAAGGACCCUGCGCGAAGGGAAAGUUAAUGAGCUUAGAUUCUGAUGGAAUAGCUAAAUGCAAGUGUAAAGACGAAGGGGAGUUGAGCAAUUAUUUCUAUGACGAGACGGAAACAUGCCAUGAAUUUUUCACUAAGGGACCAUGCUUGCGCACAGGAGAGCUAUUUCUCCCUUCAAAGAAGUGUGCAUGCCAUCAAAGAUUGCCACAUUUUCAUAACGAAUCAAAUCAAUGUUACGAAUUAGGCACUAUUGGGCCUUGUCCUGUUGGGCACACAUUCAUUAUAACCGAUAAAAGGGGGCAACAAGAGGUAAGCUCAAUGAAGGCAGAGUGUCGAUGUAAAGAAAACUACGUUCUAUGGAAGGACGGUUAUUGCUACAAGUUGUAUACACAGGGACCAUGUGAGACAGGAUCCUUUCUGAUAGAUUCAAACGUUUGCUUACCUAACCCAUGUGAGAAAGGUAGAUUGUAUUUUCCUAAAGAAAAAACAUGUUAUCGAAUAGGAUCACAGGGUCCCUGCACUUUGCACCAGGUGGUUAUAUUUGACUUUACAACAAGACCGUCAUUGGAUGGCAUUUCCUAUAACGGAAUUUGCGGAUGCUCUGGAGUCAUCCAUAACUUAGAUCAGUCAUGUACAGAUGAUGAAGUUCCUAAAAGUGCUUGUGAUAGUACGCCUGAUAUGGUGGAGAUAAAUAAACAAUGUUAUAAGCUUUACACUCGUGGGCUUUGCGGUCCAGGACAGUGGCUUGAACCGAAAAAGACAUCGUCAAAUGUUCGUGCGGCUACAUGCGUCUGUAGGCCAGGAUACACUCCAUAUGAUUCACCGAUGCAAAACGGCGUAAUCGGCUGUCAACCACCGGCCGUGGGACUCGCCAGGUAUUUGAACGAAAAAAGGAUAUUUUCAAUAAGUUUCGGAAACGUUACGUUGGCAAUCCCGUAUUAGCAACGUAGAACUAACAAACUAGCGGUACUAAAUUUUUACCAAGCAUGCGACGCAACUAAUGAUGUUAACUCUUCCCUUAGUAGUAUAAUAGCAUGGACCGGUAAAGAAAGUUGGUAUUUUCAUGUCGAACAAGCCGUUCUGAAUUACAAUCGCUUGAAUAAAAAUCUAUUUUAAUCAAUUUACUAGGUGGUUCAUGAGCCUGUUAGGAUUUGCAUCGCCCGAACCAGAGGAAUACUAAGUUACCAAAAAGAAAAGUGCUGUGGCAUCGAAUUUUCCCGAAUGACAACGAGAUAUUCACAAUAUUAGUUUGUAAGGCACCUUAUUCGCUUCAUAAGUCUAGUGUGUAACAUUGCCUACGCACUGGAUUCUAGUUUAGGAUAAGCAGGAGUGCCAUAGUUGCGGAAAUUAUUGAAUAAACAUUCAAAUCCAUCAUUCCAAAUGCCAAUGCUGACUGAGUAGGUUAGGUAAAAAGAAUUAUAGGUACAAUAAAAUAAAUUAGAAAAAAUGUA